AUGGACGAGAAUGGGGAUGUGAGCCAGCCUGUCGUGGAUGAUGAGACUGGAACGUGUCCCUUGUGUUCGUGUCUUCUAACUAUUCAGUAUUCUGAGGCCAAUGAAAGGUAUCUUCUUUCAAGGUCUCGGGGGUACGGUGAUCCACAACUUUAUUUGAAGGCUCAACAUAUUUGUUUCCAUGAGCAGUGCCCAAGUUGUGACGAUAUUCCCAAUGAUUUGCUCUCAACAGUAUGGCAGCAGCCGAUGGUAGACUGGAGCACAGUCCGCAUCUGGGUAGAAAGUUGCGACAGAGAGCAUGAGGGCCCAUGCCACAAUGGACCCCUAAACUCACCGCCAGACAAAUUUCGGCUUAUUGACACGGAAAGAGGAUGCGUAGUAAUGGCUCCUCCUUCCUGCAAAUAUGCUACCCUGAGCUACGUGUGGGGUAGCACUACUGAUGAAAAUGCAUUGGCAACAACAAGAACCAUCAAACUGCUGGAGAAAGAGGGUUACCUGUUCAAAACCCCUAUACCGGCGACCAUUAAGGAUAGCAUCCGUGCAUGCAUUGAAUUGAAGAUACGGUACCUCUGGAUCGACAGACUGUGCAUUGUGCAAGAUGACACUGCCACCGUGAAAGCCUCACAGAUCAAUGCCAUGGGCGACAUAUAUAGCCAUUCUUAUCUCACCUUAGUGGAUUUAGAAGGUGUCACCAUGGAUCACGGUCUUCCCGGGGUUUCGCAAGCAAGAGCAAGCCAUACUAUUUAUAAGGCAUGCGGAAUGAGCUUGAGAGCCAUAGAAGAUAGUUUCCCUAAGCUUGUCUGGAAUUCAAAAUGGAAAUCCCGAGGCUGGACGUUCCAGGAGGCAAUGCUAUCGACAAGGAUGUUGUUUUUUACAAAUGCAGGUGUAUUUUUCGAGUGCUCCCAAGCUUCUCAGGAAGAUAGAUUUGCACUGUCAACGUCAACGCGGUUACAGUUCGCACUGGCCACAACAUACGAUGAACUUGUGCAAGAAUAUUCGACCAGAUCUUUUACUAGCAAUUCUGAUGUCCUUAGGGCAUUUUCUGGCAUUAUGCAUUGGAAAUAUGGGACGGAGCAUUACUUUGGCGUACCGUACUGUGAUUUUGUGAGGGGUAUGCUCUGGCUUCCCCGUGGAUCAUCUGCUCACGUAACAUCUGUGGCCAGGUGUACAGAAAAAGGGGAUAUUUUUCCGACCUGGUCGUGGUCUUCUGUAAUGGGGUGCAUUGACAUUUAUUUAUACGAAAACACCCAUACAUCAUUACUGGGUGUGUGGGGUAUCCCAUCUUCCAGGACUAACGAAACGGUGCACAUCAUUUGGCCUCAUAAUCGACAACUGUCACGGGACGAGGAGGACGGCUGGGUUCGAGAACUUGGUAUCGCAUUGGCGUGGAAGGAAGGUUGCUUUCCAAGGCCACUACCGCCAAUUCUGAAUGUCAGCACCACCUGGCAAGAGUAUCGGGCCCUUCUCAGAUCCGGAUGGGCAUCAUUUGAUAAGCUUAACGAGGAGGCGCUUGGGCUAGCAUAUCUGCAGGGGAAGGAAGAUUCCGAAAAGAUAUUUUCCCCAUCUAACAUGGAACAUGCCAAUCAGCCGGGGGCAUUGCUGGGGCAUACCCAGUCACUUGAAGCUCAAAUGAUCCAGUGGGAAGACAAAGAAAACAAAUUCUUUUCUGGAAGACGGUUUGUGCAGGUAAUAUUGCACGGCAUGCGUGAUGACAGGGUAGACGUGUGGAUAUACCCUCGCCCUGCCCAUUGGCAAUUUCUGGACCAUGAUUACAGUACGGAUCAUGAUACUAAAUUGAAUGUGCUUGCUCUUUCAAUGAGUCAUGAUCAUGAAAAAGGCGACACUCAGAGUCGAUGGUAUGAUUCCGAGGGAAGGGUACUCUGCUCCUCCAGAGGCAGGAGUAUCAGGUUUAUGGUCGAUGUAUUGAUUGUCGAAACUCGAGAUGGACUCAGUCGACGAGUGACUAUAGGAAGGGUCGAGCUUCAUGACUGGAUUUCUGCGUCGCCUAAAUUUCGGAACUUCAUACUGGUAUGA